AUGUUUGUACAUAGAUACGAGUGUACACCCGCACCUUAUGCAUCUCUAAGACUUUUCAUCUUUACGUGUCUUCAAAGAAUGCCCCCCAAGUUUCAAAAGUCAAGAAACUAUGCCAAACUCGAUCAGCAGCACGAAGAUGAUGUCCUUGAUGCCUAUUCCUGGAUUCUAGAAACAACGGGAACACAAGAUGUAGUUCUUGCACACAUUCCCCUGUUACUAGAUCAUUUGGCGAUCCCACACAUUUAUACUCGCGACAUUACUGAAUGUAUAGAAUGGUUCUACGACAUUGCCAAAGUCAAAACCGCCCGUGGGGGCCCUCGAUGGAUAAUAGCACAAGACUUAUUGACCCAAUUGACUAUUUCUUCCUACGUGAAUGGAGAGUUUGAUGUAUCGGAUGUUGUGGAUAUAGAUAAGUUGUUGAAGUUUUGUGCUCGACUCAUCAAAUUCCGAGAUUGUUCGGAAACGAUAGAAAGCGCGUGGGCUCUUUUUCUUGAUGCUGGAGGCUCUCCCAAGACCGGCCGAUUAUCGGCGAAAGAGUUACGCCGCGUAAAAAGCUACUUGCAGUUAGAUGACAUUAGUGAUUCGAUUCUCAUAGACAUGCUCGGAUGUGGAGCAGCUGAUGGUAGAGUUGAUUUUUCUUUCUCGGGUCUGGAACUUUCUAUCGGUAUCAAAAGCUUUGCGGAGAUAUUGGGCCAGCUCGGCGAAUUGGAUUGA